GUUAUUAUGGGAUGGUAAUGGUGGGCGCGUGAUUUUGAACAAAUAUCCAGCCUGCCGACCUGGAGAGUGAUCAAGAUGCACCGAAAUGAUUAAGUUAUUCAUAGAAAUGGUCACAUAACCUGAAACUAUAGGAAUUAAAGGGUACCAGGAUCGAGUAUAACCCUGAUAAGUUUGGCAGCUUGGGGUUUCAGUAUCAGUGGACCUUUAUUCAGCAAUACAUAGUUUGAAGAAAGAAGAGCUAUUUAGAAUUAUUUUUAUGGUAUAUACAAAUCAUCACUAGUAUAGUGUACUAGGUACAAAACAUCCAUCGGUGUUGAUCUAUGAUGGAAACGAUUGAACCGCCAUCUUCCAGCAUCGCUGGAGACGGUGAUGUUGCAGCUGAUAUCCAAGCAGAACUCGAUAGUUUAUUAGCCAGUACAGCUGUUGAAAAAACAUUUAUGUUAGCACCUUCUACUAUGUCAAUAACGCCAACCAAAUCGGUUGUGACCGUGACGACGGUCAGCGAUGCGUCAACACCAGAACCAGUUGUAAGCGUUGCAAACAUUCCCAAAAGUAAUGUUGUGGUCAGUACUGUUGUGUCUUCGCCACAGAAGAUAGUGUCUGUUGGAGACAAACCUGUUGUUGUGCCGACCACCCCACCAAGGACUAUAGCUGGCAUUAAAAGGCCUGCAAGUACAGGACCUGGACAGUAUGUGACGAAGGUUAUAAUUACGAAAAACCCAACUUUAAACAGGCCUAUUUCAAAUGCAGUUACCAUGACAACUGUUUCAUUAACGCACGUACCCAGUUCAAUGGUACAGACAAUAACACAAGGGUCGUCCCCGGUAAAACUAGUGACAAUGUCAAGGGGAAAUCUACAGUCCAAGGGGAUUGUGUUAUCUCCAUUAAAACAAAGUCCAGGUAUGCUUGGAAAUAAAAUUGCAAUCUCACCCUUGAAAAGUCCAUCAAAAGUCGGGACGCAACCAAUUAGCAUCAGCACGCCGAAAAAGAUUGCUCCUGCCCCCAUGCCAGGGCAGCUGAUUGCUCAAGGUCCUUCUGGUGUUGUCAAGGCAACCUUUUUAACCAUGUCGACAACAUCAGGAGUGAGUACUAUGACAAUUGCCAAGCCACUUGGAUCACAAGUUGCUACAGUCAUGAGUGGUGGUAAAGCAGUUCCAGUAUCGUCUAAUUCAAAUAAGAUUCAAACAUCCAUGCAAUCAGUCCAACAGAUAUUUCCGGGUAGAAAAUUUACUUACGUUAGAUUGGUUGGAGCAACAAAUACCACCAACACACCAAGUAAAACCAUAGCUCCAGCCAUGAUGCCCAAAGCAAUCCAACCAGCCACUGUAUCGAUGACAUCAAGUCAACCACAGCUUAUACAGUCAGCAGGACCACUCAAAAUGGCUACCUUGCCUAUUGCUCCAGCACAGUCGGUUGUCACAGCUAAACCAACUACUACUCAUAUACCUGUCAGUGUAAGCAGUGGACCUCAAGGAAGGUUGUUGAUGCCAGCAAAUGCUAUGCCAUCACUACGGUCGGCUGGUCAAUCACCUAAUGUUGCUCAGUUACCGGCUGGUACUACAGUAUUUGCUACAACUGGGCCUGGGAAUAUCGUACAAGGCUAUGCUGUAGUUCCUGCACAGUUUGUUGCUCAGCUUCAACAGCAUCAGCAGCAGCAGCAGCCAACGCAACAACAUCCGACAGCACAACCAGCGGCUCCAAAUCAACCGAAUGUUUCUGGUAGCAGUGGUUAUGUUCCUAUUGUAACCAAUAACUACCAGGCGACAUCAACAUCUAGGCAUCCUGUUAAUGGUUCUGUACAGGUAGAGGCGCCUGGUACAAGACCCAGAAAGCCAUGUAAUUGCACCAAGUCACAGUGCCUGAAACUAUAUUGUGAUUGUUUUGCAAACGGUGAAUUUUGUAGCAAUUGUAACUGUACAAAUUGUUUCAACAAUCUGGAGCAUGAAUCGGAGCGUGCUAAGGCCAUCAAGUCGUGUCUUGAGAGGAACCCAUUGGCGUUUCAUCCCAAGAUUGGUAAAGGUAAAGAGGGGCAAGCAGAUAGGAGGCAUAAUAAAGGAUGUAACUGCAAACGAUCAGGAUGUCUCAAGAAUUAUUGUGAAUGCUAUGAGGCCAAAAUAAUGUGUUCAUCAAUUUGUAAAUGUGUGGGUUGUAAAAAUUUUGAAGAGAGUCCUGAUCGUAAAACAUUGAUGCACCUAGCAGAUGCUGCUGAAGUUCGUGUACAACAACAGACAGCAGCCAAAACGAAGUUAUCUUCACAAAUACAAGAUCUUCCAUCAAAACCUUCAAUAUUAGCAAAUACAGGGGAAAGGCUUCCAUUUUCUUUCAUAACCAGUGAUGUAGCUGAAGCCACUUGCCAUUGUUUGUUGGCACAAGCUGAAGAGGCUGAAAGAACAAACACAUCGCAUCGAGAAGCAGAACAAAUGAUAUUGGAAGAAUUUGGAAGAUGUCUACUAGAAAUUAUAAACUCUGCUAGUAAAACAAAAGGUCCAUACCAGCCAUAGUCUUCAAGAGUUCAUCAAUGGUGCUUCUUACAGAGAUUCCAUAGAUUCUCGCUGUUUUUUUUUCUGUGAAUAUGAAACUUGUAAAAUGAAAUUGUAAAAUACUGUCCUGCUGUGUUAUUGUCUAAUAUAGUAUUACCAAUAAUAGAGAAUUUUAUUAUGAAAUAUAAAUGUCAGUUUAUUGAGUGUGUAUUUCAAUGUCUUAGUACUAUUGUACGUUUCUCAUGGAGCCGUCAUGCCAUUGGAGGGGGAAUGGGGGUAUUUAGUGACUAAAAUGUCAGUUUUUUAACAAGUUACCUUUCAGUCAAUAUUUUUAAUGUACAGAUUUAUAUCCACUGUUGUGUAUGCCUUAAACAUUUAAAGACCAAUGUAUGUCUUUUCUAAAACCAGUCCAUGUGCGAAUGUUUUUAUACAAUCUUUAGACCGUGUUUGCAGAUUUUUGACAACCAGCAUGCGAAUGUCUGAUGACAAAUGUUGCUCAUUGAUCAACAAUACCUCACAUCUGCUGUGACGUUAUUUAUCAGUGAGAAUAUUAACAUGGACAUAUAUAUGUAUAUUUAAAAGCAGAGAAUGUGCAAAUCGUCAACAAUUUACGCCGGUCUGUUAGUUCGAGAAGGAUUACGGGAGAUGCAUUCUG